AUGGCGGCCUUGAUGUGCACACGGCGUCUUGCCAAGAUGGCGAGAGAUGAGAAAUGCAGCCUCCAUGGAGCGCGUGUCACACUGUGUACCAGCCGGGGUAAGCUUGCUACUCAGAUGGGACCAAAAAACCAGACGCUUCCGCAACCAGGCAAGCCGUUUUUCGAUUAUGGGUGCCAAUACUUCACUGUGAGCAGCAGCGCUUGGUUUACUGAAGAGGUGCAGAAAUGGGCGAAGCUUGGGCUCUGCCAACCCCUGCCACAAGGGCAAGUCGGAACACUUUCAUCCUCAGAAGGCUUCGCAGCCCUUCCCGGCGACCGUUGGGUGGGUAAUGGAGGUAUGGGUCCCAUGCUUACCAACAUGAUUCAGCAAACCGCCCAAGAAUUUGAAGACACGGUGGAGCUUGUCAGCGGCUUUCCAAAUGAGGCAAACAAGGUGGUGGGCUUGCGCAAACUUGCAAGCCCGCCCUGCCACUGGGAGCUUAAGACGAAGGAUGGCAAAACGCUUGGACCCUUCACCUACGUUGUCGGAGGAUUUGCGCAGCAUGUAUUGACGGAUCCAUUUCUACUAUCUGGAGGAGCGGCGUGCUCCUCAAUGCUGGAAUGCUUGCGCAGAGUGGAAUCCAACCAAAUCAUCCCAAUACAAGUCAUUUUCGAGGGUGAGCCUCUACCAAUUCCGUUCACUGCCGCACACGUUUACGGCGACGAGGUCCUAAGCUUCAUUGGCAACAACACCAAAAAGCCUCAACAGAAUGGCAAGUGGGGAACGGCUGGCCCCCAACACCUCACACUGCUAAGCACGGCAGAGUUCGCGGAGCGUGAGUUUAACUGCAACCCCAAAGGCUACCGUCGGAUUGCUGAAGAAAAGCUUCUGGCAUCCUUGGGACGAUUGCUUGGUGUGGACGUGUGGAAGCACAAGCCUUAUAUCAAUCGCAUAAAUCAUUGGGAGGAUGGACUGCCUGUCAAGACGCCGCCAGAUUCCAGAAGCUGCCUCUUUGACGCUGCGCAGGGUCUGGGCUGGUGUGGUGACUUCUGUGUUUCUCCAGGUGUGGAAGGAGCUGCUAACUCAGGAAUCGCCAUGGCAGACGUCUUGGAAUCCUUCCAUGGACAGAAGGACUUUGACCAAGCUGGUCUCUUACCGAUGGAUGUUGACUGGGUGCCAAUUGAGUCACUUCAAGGUUCCAGCAUUGUGGACAUUGGAUCUUUUGCUGGGAUUACAGCUCACUCAACACACACGGACCUGGUUCCUUCCGCGAUUGGAGGCUACAACAAGGCCGCUGCCCACUUCGGGGCAAGUGGCGAUGCCAGAAGCUACGACAGUAAGGGCAAGUCGAAAGGCAAAGGGAAGGGUGGCAAAGGUGGCAAGAGUAGAGGAAGCCUUUGGAAGGGAAAGUGA